UGCUUGCCAUAAACAAAGAGACAAGGUAAAACCAUUAAUUGUUCUAAAUUUUAAAGAGUAGCAAACAAGGAUGGGAGGUGGAGACAUGAACUUACACCACGAACUAAAAACACUCUCUUCCUCUUAUCUUAACCUGCAACCAUCACCAAUUUCUGCUACACCUGCUUCAUCCUAUUCAUCUCGCACCCAAACCCUACAUAAAACAGCUACUGUGUCUUUGAACACCUCCUCUUUCGAUUCAGUUCCAUCUCAGCUCGAAAUCAAAUGCGCUGUGGAUGCUCUCCAAAAUUUUAUCCAGUGGAUGAAUUUAUGUGGAGGUGUGUUGAGAUGGGUGCAUCCAAUAAUUGAGUCGUGGAUUUAUGAGAAGAAGAUUUUUAAUGCCUUUCGCUUGUUACAGACAGAACCAUCCAUCAAGAGAGUGGUGAUUUCACUAGCAUCUGAUAAAGCUGUGUGGGAUGCGAUUACAAACAAUGAAUUAGUUCGGGAGCUCCGCCAGUCUGCCUGCCUAGGUGAAAGUGAAAGGGUUGAAGGCUCUUUCAAAGAAGGCAAAUCAGUAGGCAGAGACAUCGUAAGGUGGAUUUGGAGCAUAACAAUGUGUAAAAUUACAGAGCUGAUGGCGAAAUUUCAGAUACUUGUCAAUGAGUUGUUCCAAGCACAAGUAGCAAAGGUAGAAAGAAAAGGUGCUGCAAGCGGAGAGAAAUUGGAGGAAAAGCUCACAUUAUUGUUGCUUCUGUCAGUCAUUACUCUUUUGAUUGUCAUCAUUUCUAGGGCUCAAAGUGUGUAAGUGUGCAUGUUAAACAUCAAAACAUUGUUUUUUCCAGAAAAAGAAAAUAAAUCAUAUCAAAACUUUUCUUGCA